AUGGCAGCAGUGAAUGGUUCCCCCAAAACGGUGAGAAUUUCGACAUCUUCGGAAGAUACCAAUGGUCCAGACACAAAACUGAACGACGAUUCAGAAGCGCGAGAGUCUUCAAAUCGACGGGAAGAUAGGGAGAACCAAAAGGCCGAGAGCAAAAGGCGCAGACUAAAGCUCUUGAGAAUUCAAUCUCUAUACUUUGUCAUUACCUUUCUUCUCAUCCUCUCGCCAACCAGUUUGUUACGGUUUUUGAUUGCCGCCGGGUUUGGUGAUAAUGUCCCACCAUACAAAGAGUACAUGGAAAUACCGUACAACAAUUAUUGGUUGAUGGUGUUGCAGGCAUUUGUCUUUCCUCUUCAAAGCUGCGCAAAUAUGCUGAUCUAUCUAAGUCCAAAGUAUGCCACUAUUCGAAGACAUUAUAGUCAAGAGACUCGAUGGUGGGCCAUUCGUCGUACAAUCUUUGGUGCAUCGAUACGACCCUCCGGAGGGGAGGAUGUGUCUGGCAACAGACCAGUUGGAAUUAGCAUCAGCGACUUCAAAUCGUCCAGAGUUUCAAACACCGAUAAUAGGAUGAAGCAAGGUCGGGCAUCUAUUGCCCUAGCAGGAGAUUUUUUCGCAUAA